ACCUUGAAGUCCUCAUUUUUCAUCGAACUCUCUAGUCUCCCCCACUCCUAUAUAUAUAAACAAAACCUUCUCUUUCUUUCUCUCUCUUUCUCUCUCUCUCCCACUGAAACAAUGGCUUCGCCAAGUCCACUUCACCACUUUUCACUGAAACCCAAGAGAGCCAACCUGUACUACAUGACGUUAGUCGCCGUCCUCUGCACGCUCUGCUACCUCGUCGGAAUUUGGCAGCACUCCACCGGCACCACCGCCAUCACCGCCGCCAUAUCCACCUCCGACUCCUCCUGUCCCCCAAUCCCCAGGAACACAACAAUCCACCUCGACUUCGAGGCCCACCACCGCGCCGAGGACCUCCCCCUACCUCUGGCGGCGCGUGUGCCUCACUUGCCUCCCUGCGAUGCAAAGCUCAGCGAGUACACGCCGUGCCAGGACGUCACGAGGUCGCUGAAAUUCGACAGGGAGAGGUUGGUUUACAGGGAGAGGCAUUGCCCGGAGAAGGAGGAGCUUCUCAAGUGUCGGAUUCCUGCGCCCCACGGGUAUACGGUGCCGUUUCGGUGGCCGGAGAGCAGAGACUCUGUUUGGUACGCGAAUGUGCCGCACAAGGAGUUGACCGUGGAGAAGAAGAAGCAGAAUUGGGUUCAUUACGAAGGGGACCGGUUUAGAUUCCCUGGUGGCGGGACCAUGUUUCCUCGUGGUGCGGAUGCGUAUAUUGAUGAAAUCGGGAAACUGAUCAAUCUCAGAGAUGGGUCUGUACGGACCGCCAUUGAUACCGGUUGUGGGGUUGCAAGUUGGGGAGCUUACCUUUUGUCCAGGGACAUCCUACCAAUGUCGUUUGCACCAAGAGACACCCAUGAAGCACAAGUUCAAUUUGCUCUUGAGAGAGGAGUUCCUGCAUUGAUUGGCAUUCUUGCUUCCAAGAGACUUCCUUACCCCUCAAGAGCUUUUGACAUGGCUCAUUGCUCUCGUUGCCUCAUUCCUUGGGGCCAAUAUGAUGGGCUUUACUUAAUUGAAGUUGAUCGUGUUCUGCGUCCCGGUGGAUACUGGAUUCUGUCUGGACCACCAAUUAAUUGGGAGAAGCACUGGAAAGGCUGGGAUAGAACAGCUGAGGACCUUGAAGCUGAACAGACUAUGAUUGAGAAUGUAGCAAAAAGCUUGUGCUGGAAGAAAUUGAAGCAGAAGGAUGAUCUUGCAGUUUGGCAAAAACCCACCAACCAUGUUCAUUGUAAGGUCAAUAGAAAGGUCUUCAAGAAACCAUCCUUCUGCCAAGCUCAAGAUCCAGACAAAGCAUGGUAUACUACAAUGGAGGAUUGUUUGACCCCACUGCCUGGAGUGAACAACAUUAAAGAAAUUGCAGGAGGGGAAUUGGCAAAAUGGCCAGAGAGGCUAACUUCAGUCCCUCCAAGAAUCAGUAGUGGGAGUGUGACAGGAAUUACAGCUGAGAUGUUCAGAGACAAUACAGAGCUGUGGAAGAAAAGAGUGGCAUACUACAAGACCUUGGAUUAUCAGUUGGCAGAGCCCGGGAGGUAUCGGAAUUUGCUCGACAUGAGCGCUUACUUGGGAGGCUUUGCAGCUGCCCUAGUUCAGGACCCUGUGUGGGUUAUGAACAUUGUCCCUGUUGAGGCUGAGGUUAACACCCUUGGAGUCAUUUACGAACGAGGAUUGAUUGGAACUUAUCAGAAUUGGUGUGAGGCCAUGUCUACUUACCCAAGAACCUAUGACUUCAUCCACUCUGAUUCAGUUUUUAGUCUCUACAAGGACAGAUGCGAAGUGGAAGAUAUUCUUUUAGAAAUGGAUAGGAUUUUAAGGCCAGAAGGUAGUAUAAUUUUCCGGGAUGAUGUGGAUGUGUUGGUGAAAGUCAAGAGCAUCAUGGAUGCAAUGCAAUACGAUGCCAGAAUCGUUGACCAUGAAAAUGGUCCCAUACAUAGAGAAAAGAUAUUAUUGGCGGCCAAGCAGUACUGGACAGCACCAGCUCCUAGCCAAGAUCAAGGAGAAAGCCAAACAGAUUCAUAGACAUUGGGCUUCUCUUCUUUCUUGAUUCAAAUUGUUCAAUUUUUAUGUCGAUAAUUUGAUAAUGAAAAUGAUUUUUUUGUUUGUUUUGGCUAGCACCCGUGAAUUGUGGUGUGACACUUGAUUCAAUUCUACACAACAACGAAAAAGAAGAAAUUUUAAUGCAA